GUUUGGACAUCUGUUUAAUUUACAUGUCACAUCCCUUUCUUCAAAGAUAUUUCUUUCACAUAUUAGUGACUUCAAACCAAUUAAAGUAAUUCAAAUUUUCAAAAUUCUUAAAAUUUUCAAGAAUUUAUUACAUAAAAAUGGUUUGCUAGGAUGAUGUCCGAAAUAACAAAUAAAAUAUUUUUGUAUACGGCGGCGCGGUCUUUCUGGAACAACGUCCGAGCAAAAUGAAGCUCAACAAGUUUGUUACAUCCGACCGGAACAAGAACAGGAAGAGGCAUUUCAAUGCCCCUUCACAUCUGAGGAGGAGGUUGAUGUCAGCACCCCUCAGCAAGGAGCUGGUUCAAAAGUACAAUGUGAAGUCUAUGCCUGUCCGGAAGGAUGACGAAGUCCAGGUUGUUCGCGGUCAUUACAAGGGGCAGCAGGUCGGCAAGGUGAUCCAGGUGUACCGUAAGAAGUGGGUCAUCCACAUCGAGCGCAUCCAGCGCGACAAGGCCAACGGCGCCACCGUCUACGUCGGCAUCGACCCCUCCAAGGUGGUGGUCGUGAAGCUGAAGAUGAACAAGGACCGCAAGAAGAUCCUGGAGCGGCGGGCCGCCGGCCGCGCCGCAGCCCUCGGCAAGGACAAGGGCAAAUACACAGAGGAGACGGCCAUGGAGACCUCGUGAACCGACUAAACUAUAUGCCCAAUACACUCCGCGACGAGAA